AUGGUCCACAGCACUACACCACGGUUGUUCCCUCCUGGCAUUCACGUACCUAGUCUGACGUGGUUUGCCAAUGAUGCCACCCAAGAGAUUGACUGGCCGACGCAGACUGAGCACAUCAAGUUCUUGAUUUCUUCCGGUCUUCAUGGCAUCGUACUUGCCGGCACCAAUGGUGAGGCUGUGACUCUGUCAGCCAAGGAGAAGUCAGACCUGGUCAGCACAACACGCAAGCUUGCAAAUGAACUUGGUCGCCCAGAAGUCACAAUCACACUUGGGUGUGGAGGACAGAGCACCCGCGAUGUUAUUGCUGAGACCAGACUCGCGAAAGAAGCGGGAGCCGACUUUGCGCUGGUUCUUGUACCAAGCUACUUCCAUUUCGCCAUGCACGAGGACGCAAUUGUUGAGUUCUUCCAAGAGCUUGCCGAUGCAUCCCCCGUUCCUAUCUUGAUCUACAACUUCCCCGGUGUUGUUGCUGGACUCGAUGUCAACUCUGACAUGCUCUCAAAGCUCGGCAGCCAUCCCAAUAUCGUUGGUGUCAAGCUCACAUGCGGUGGCAUCGCCAAAGUCGCUCGAAUCCGUGCUCAAUUCUCGCCCGACGAGUUUUGCGCUCUUGCAGGACAAAGUGACUGGCUUGUCCCAGCUCUAGCGGUCGGCGCUACUGGCACCAUCACUGGUGUCGCAAACCUGUACCCGAAGUACUGCAUCGAAAUCUACAACCUGUGGAUGCAAGGCAAGACCAAGGAGGCCGAGAAGGCACAACUAGAGCUUGCAAAGAUGGAGUGGGGAUUUGCAAAAGGCGGAAUUAACGGUACAAAAUGGGUUGUUGCCAAACUUAGAGGAUAUUCGCUGGACAGUUGUCACUGCAGGCGACCUUAUCCAAAAUUUGUCGAUGCGAAGAAACAGGCAUGGGUCCUGGAUACUGUGAUGCCGCUCCAGGAACAUGAGCAAAACUUGGUUUGA